UUUCGCCUUCAUUAAGCGUUAAUUAUGAUACCUACGUACGCAAAUACCAUCAAAUUCUGCCACGAAACUAAAUUUCACUACUAACAAUACUAUAGCUCACUUCAGAGUGUUAUUUCGACCCUGUUUACUCGUAUGUACGUAGAAUUCUGCAUAAUACAGUACGAUGGCAACACAAAACGAUACUGUUUACAACGCGGAUGAUAUUGUUAUAUCUGGAAUUUCUGGAGUGUUCCCAAACAGUGAAAAUGUUCAAGAAUUCAAAGAGAAUUUGCUGUCAGGAACGGAUAUGGUUUCUGUAGUUCACAGACACGGUGCCAGUAUAGCUAUGGGAUCAGUAAGAACGAUCGAUCGUUUCGAUCACACAUUUUUCCACUUCACUCGUCAGCAAACUGAAGGUAUGACUGUCGCCUCGAGGAUACUUCUUGAGAAAUCAUUCGAAGCAAUUUUGGAUGCAGGUUACAAUCCGCAGCAAAUAAAAGGUAAAAAUAUAGCAGUUCUAUGCGGAAUUUGGGACGGCAGCGAUGAGGGUGAUCCAGCUCGAGAAACUAAAACUGGAGAUCACAACGCGGCCGUGCAAAAAGGCCAAUUCACUGCCGCCAACAGGAUUUCAAAUUAUUUGGAUUUGCAUGGACCUAGCUGUGGGGUGAACACGGCAUGUUCAUCGUCCAUGUACGCUUUGGAUAUGGCUAUUAAAUACAUUCAAUGUGGCCAAUGUGAAGCAGCCAUUGUGUGUGCACCUAAUUUUAGUUUUUCUACCAGUGAGUAUAUGAACUCUUCCGCUUUGCUAAGUUCGAGCGGACAGUCUACGCCCUUUGACAUUACUGGCGAUGGUUAUGUAAGGAGCGAAGCAGUGGUAAGCAUUUUUGUACAAAAACGAAAACAUGCGAAAAGGAUUUACGCCAAUAUUGUUCAUUCGACAACCAACUGUGACGGAUUCAAAGUGGAAGGAUUCGCGUAUCCUUCCAUCACCCAACAAAAACAACUCUACGAACAAUUCUACAAACAGAUCAACGUCAAUCCGCAAACGAUCUCGUACGUGGAGGCUCAUGGAACAGGAACACCGGCAGGAGAUGUUGUGGAAGGCACAUCAAUCGAAGAGUUUUUCUGCGAAGGACGAAAAACACCACUGAAAAUGGGAUCCGUUAAAUCAAAUAUGGGCCAUACUGAAUCAGCUGCCGCUUUAUGUGGCAUAGCCAAAUUAAUCAUAUCUUUUGAAAGUGGCCUGAUUCCACCGCAUUUACAUUUCAAUAAUCCUAAUCCAAAAAUCCAAGGUUUCCACAACGGUAAACUAGAAAUUGUAACAAAACCAACGCCACUGGAAGGCGAAUAUUUCGCUCUGAAUUCAUUCGGUGCAGGAGGAGCUAAUGGACAUAUUCUACUUACACCUCAUCAAAAAAUUAAAAAAUCCAGAGGAUCCAAAAGCGAAACGAUACCACUAAUAGUAGCAGUGUCAGGACGUACUGAAGAAGCUGUGGAUUGUAUUUUGAAUGAUAUUGAAAAAAAUUACGGAGAUGAAGAAUACGUGGCCUUGCUACAUGAGAUUUUCAGCGAUGAUAUCAGCGGUCAUUUGCAAAGAGGAUAUAUUAUAUUACACAAAGACUCUCCUCACACAAAAUCCAAAGCAUUGUUUUCCGGUGAUAAACGACCUGUAUGGGUUGUCUUUUCGGGUAUGGGAUCACAAUGGCCAGCGAUGGGAAAAUCAUUAAUGAAUUUGCCCAUAUUUGCCGAAUCAAUACGCAAAUGUCAUAAAAUACUGCGAACGAAAGGACUCGAUUUGAUUAAAAUAAUUACAGAAGAUGAUCCGAAAAUUUUCGAUUAUAUUUUAAACGCGUUUGUAGGAAUUGCGGCGAUUCAAAUUGCAUUAUUCGAUACUUUGAAAGCAAUUGGUAUUGAACCUGAUGGAAUAAUCGGCCAUUCCCACGGGGAAUUAGCAUGUGGAUAUGCAGACAAUUGCUUCACGGCAGAACAAGUGAUGCUGGCAGCUUAUUAUCGUGGAUUGGAGUCGGUGGAAACUGAAUUGGUUCAUGGCACGAUGGCUGCAGUUGGAGAAGGUUAUGAAACUAUGAAAGAUCUUGUCCCAGCCGGAAUCGAAAUCGCUUGUCACAAUGCACCAAACAGCUGCACAAUAUCUGGUCCAACUUCGAUGAUGGAACCAUUUAUCGAACAGCUGACAGAGAAGAAAAUAUUUGUUCGAAAAGUUAACACAUCUAAUAUAGCGUACCACAGUCAGUGCAUUGCUCCACUAGGUCCAAAAUUCGUUUCGCAUUUGAGAAAAAUCAUUCCCGAGCCAAAACUUCGUUCAGAAAAAUGGAUCUGUACUUCUGCUCCGGAGCAAGAAUGGAAUUUGACAAGGGUGAAAUACUCUUCGGCUGAAUACCACGCCCACAAUUUACAAAAUCCAGUACUAUUUGAAGAGGGUUGUCGUCAUAUUCCUUCUAAUGCUAUAACUAUUGAAAUAGCUCCUCAUGGUAUCCUGAAUACCAUACUCGAACGUUCUCUACCCAAAACCGUAUCAAAUAUUUCAUUAACGAUGAAAAAUCAUAAGAAUGAGAUCGAAUUUUUCUUCAACUCGUUAGGAAAACUAUACGAAGCAGGAUGCGUUCCUAAGUUGGGUGCGUUGUACCCGCCUGUAGAAUUUCCAGUCAGCAGAUCAACUCCGAUGAUUUCACCACUGAUCAAAUGGCAACAUGAUGAACAAUGGUCAGUAGGUAGACUAACCGAUGAAGAGUUAAUCACCGAACGAAAUUUUAUCAUACGAUCGAGCAAUGAUGAAUAUGAGUUCAUUAAGGAUCACGUUAUAGAUGGAAGAAAUCUGUACCCUGGAUUAGGAUACUUGUGGCUAGUUCUAGAAACAUUUUCCACCAUUCACGGAAAGAAACCCACCCAGAUACCGGUGAUUUUCGAAAAUGUUCGUUUUGAACGAGCAACCCACGUACCUGAGAAAGAUGUCCUCAGAUUUCACGUAACAAUCCAAAUUAGUAGUAAAAGUUUUGAAGUGAGUGAAAGCGGUGCUGCUGUAGCCUCAGGAACUAUUCGAAUACUCGAAAACGUUGAUAAAAAAUUAGAAAAUACCGCAUUGACCAAUGAUAAGGACAUGGUCUCAGAUUCAGGCUGUGACUUUCUAAGCACCAGCGAUUUCUACAAGGAAUUAAGACUUCGAGGAUACCAAUACAAAGGAUUAUUCAAAAAGGUCGUUAGGGCGAACUGUGAUGGUACAUACGGCGAGGUACAAUGGCAUGAUAAUUUUAUUAGUUUCAUGGACACCAUGGCCCAAUUGCAGCUACUGAGCAUUGACACUCGUGACCUUCUCAUACCAACUUCCAUACAGAAAAUUGUCAUCGAUUUUGAGAAACACUUUCAAAUCCUAGAGUCAUUGGAUGAGGCAAACCGCAUACUUCCGGUCCAUUUCCAUCCCAUCCAUCAUCUCAUCAAUUCGGGUGGGAUUCAAAUGUGGGAUUUUCGCUGCUCCACAAUCUCUCGUCAAAGAAGUCUAGCAGAGCCGGUGUUGGAAAAGUAUCAAUUUAAACCUUACAUCAGCGAAGAGGAAAUUGAUCAGAAUGAGGCGAUCCGACUAUGCGUAAACAUAGUACUGCAAAACACGAUGGAAUUUCAAAUAAAAACGUAUGAAUUACUCGAUCCUGAUAACACUGCACAGGAUAUUGUAUCACCUGCAAUUAUGGACGCAUUGAGUGAUAAGCCCUUAAUCCAGGGAAAUAUCAACAUUUUAUCACCCAACACUGAUCAAGAAGCUGCCAUUCAGAUGCCACAUGAGAUCGCCAUAUCAAAUGAAAAAUUACCCAGCGAUCAAAGUGCUACUUUGAUAGCUCUGUCAAAUAUGCAGAGAAAACAUGACGAACUAGAAAAUAUACGCAAUGCGUUGAAAAAUAAUGGAUUCCUCAUUACUAAAGAAACAAUGGGGAAAAAUUUCAAUAUUUAUGAAAAUUUAGGAUUUAAUGUUUGCUUCAGCCGUAAAAUCAACGCAACAACGCAAAUUCUACUCUUGAACAAAUUAAAGGAAAACAAGCCAACGUUUAGAGGGAUCAAAGUACAUGGUGAUUCGUUUGCUUGGGUAUCGAACAUUCAAAAUGAACUGAAGACAAUAGACUCCAAAAGAAAUGAAAAAUUGGUCAUUUAUGCGGAAAAAGAUCCAGAAAAUGGAAUAAUCGGAUUUUCAAAUUGUAUUAAAAGAGAAGAUAUUGGAAAAGAUUUAAGGUUUGUUUUCAUAAUGGAUCCAAAGGCGGCGAAUUUUUCGUUGGAAAACUCAUUCUACCGAUCGCAAUUAGAUAAGAAUUUAUCGCAAAACGUUUACAAAGAUGGACACUGGGGUUGUUAUUGCCAUUUGAAAACUGAACCGGUCCAAGAAAUUGAUGCUGCUCAUGCAUUUUGCACGGUGGAAGAACGAGGCAAUUUUUCAUCAAUUAAAUGGGUCGAAGGAUCUCUGAAUCCGCAAACGCAUCUAAACUCAGACGCAAAUCUAGCCUACGUUUACUACAGUAGUCUUAAUUUCCGAGACAUUAUGUUAGCCAGUGGGAAAAUGUCUCCAUCGGAUUCGCCCAUUUAUGGUCGUCUAUCAGAGUGCUACACCGGUAUAGAAUUUUCGGGUAGGGAUGAAACUGGAACGCGUACUAUGGGAUUAGUGCCAAAGGAAGGUAUCGCAACAAUGGUUGAAACAACUUCUAAUAUGACAUGGAAAGUACCAGAUCAUAUAACUUUAGAGGAAGCAGCCACUAUCCCAGGAGUAUACCUCACGGUUGUUUACGCUUUGUUUUUCAAAAUGAAUUUGAGACCAGGAUCUUCCGUACUUAUACACGCGGGCAGUGGUGGAAUUGGACAGGCAGCCAUUAACAUAUGCCUUCAUUACAACUGCACUAUUUUCACAACCGUUGGUACCUCAGAAAAAGUGAAAUUCAUCCGGGAAACAUUUCCUCAAAUUCCUGAAAGCCAUAUUGGUAAUUCGAGAAAUACCUCUUUUCUAGAAUUAAUAAUGGAACAGACGAAUGGUCGUGGGGUCGAUGUAGUUCUCAACAGUCUAUCUGAAGAGAAACUUCAAGCUUCAAUCAAAUGUUUGGCUGAUAGUGGAAGUUUCUUGGAAAUUGGGAAAUUCGACAUGAUCAAAAACAAUUUUCUAGAAUUAAGACAUUUCUUGAAGAACAUAUCUUUCCAUAGUGUACAGUUAGAUCUCAUCAUGCACAAUGACAUGAAACUACUCAAAGAACUUGGAGAAAGGAUGCAAAACAUGCUCAAUCAAGGAAUAAUCAAACCAAUAAAAAGAAUCGUUUUUCAAGCCAAUGAAGUAGAAUCAGCUUUCAGAUAUAUGGCAGCCGGAAAACACAUGGGAAAAGUUUUGAUAAAUAUAAGAAAUGAAGAGAGCAACAUUGAAGCUAAACCAACAUUAAAAUACUUGAAAGCUAAACCUCGAGUUCGUUGUACUGAAAGCAGUUCGUAUGUUAUAGUAGGAGGUUUGGGAGGAUUCGGUAUGGAGUUAGCUGAUUGGUUGGUGGUAAGAGGAGCUCGUAAUAUAGUACUGAGUUCUCGGACUGGAAUAAAAAAUGGUUACCAAUCGUAUCGAAUUAGACUAUGGCAGUCGUACGGUGUCAACGUUAGAAUCUUCACAGAAGACGUUACCAAAGAAUCAGAGGUAAGAAAUCUACUCGAGACAGCCAUUUCCUUAGGACCAGUAGAGGGAAUAUUCAAUCUCGCUGUGAUCCUCAAAGAUGAUGAAUUUGCAAAACAAACAGAAGAACAUUUUAUCAUUAGCAAUGGGCCGAAGACAAUUGCAACAAAACAUCUGGAUGCUUUGAGCAGAAAAAUGUGCCCACAUUUGAAACAUUUCGUCGUAUUUUCUAGCGCAGCUUGUGGUCUAGGUAAUCAAUGCCAAACCAACUACGGCUACGCUAAUUCUGCAAUGGAAAGAAUAUGUGAACGCAGAUUGGCAGAUAAGUUACCAGCAUUGGCAGUACAGUGGGGUGCCAUCGAUGAUGUUGGUAUCGUUGCCGAAUAUGCAGAACAUAAUAUUCCAUUUGCUAUAGGUGGAACAUUGAAACAAAAACUCAAAUCUUGUUUGGAGGCAUUGAACUUAUUCAUGAAACAAGCGUCUAGUCCCAUUGUAAGCAGCAUUGUAGUAGCUGAGAAACGUCAUUUGGAUUCAAAUAUCGUCAACACUGUAGCAAAUAUACUAGGUAUCAAAGAUCUCAAGACAAUUAAUCAGUCGUGGACGCUACCAGAACUAGGAAUGGAUUCCAUAAUAGCAAUUGAAUUGAAACAAAUUCUCGAAUCUGAAUUCAACCUAAUCUUUAGUCCUAAGGAUUUACAAAACAUGACUUUCGUUAAAUUGAAUCAAAUGAAAGAGGAAAAAGAACAUAGACCAAAAUCUGAUGCCAAAGUGAAAUCACACAUUCAAAUCUUUAUGGAUGAAAUGCUUUCAAAUAAGUGGGUUCGUCGAUUACCAUUCGAAACAAAUGAUAAAGAAAAUGAAAUUCUAUUCGAUGACAAGUCAACGGUAUUUAUGCUUCCUGGAAUAGAAGGACUGGCAAUGACGAUGGAACCAUUGGCUAAGAAACUACCCGGACAGAAGCUAUGCUUUCAGUAUUACUUCGGCGAAGUUGCAGGUUUUUCGUAUAAAAAAUUACCGGAUUAUUUUGCUGAUUACAUUUUGAAGAAUUUCAACCAUGACCGCGAAUUCUACCUCAUUGGACACAGUUUAGGAGGACUGAUAGCUUUAGAAGUGGCUAAUAUUUUGGAAAAACGUGGAAAACGCGGACAUCUAUGCUUGAUAGAAUCUUCGCCAUCGUACUACAAACAAAAGCAGAUCGCUCGGGGAUCUCUUUCGAAUGAACAAAUACAGAAUAGGACUUGUGUAAACGUGAUGCGAAUAUUAUUACCUAUAAAGGCUACAAAAGAAAAUAUUGAAUUGAUAAAUGACCAACCAGAUUGGCAGUCCAAAAAAAAGCAAUGUUUCUCGUUGCUAGCAUCGGUGCUGAAUAAUGAUGAAAACAUUUUGGGUCAUUUACUCGACAGAAUUUAUAGUCAAUUUAAAGCAUUACUCGAUUACGACCCUCCUCAGGUAUUGUUAGAAUCAUCUUGCGAGCUAAUCAGGUGUAUCGAAGAUCCAAUCGAUUCGGACGAAGCUUACAGCUUAUCACAGUAUUUCAAAAACCCUAUAAAAAUUAAUAAAAUUGACGCCGACCACGUUUCUAUUCUACGUCAUCAAGAAACUUCAAAGAUUAUAAUGGAAUGCCCAGUAUGGAAAGAGUAAUUAGAUAAUAAAGUUUUUCGAAAUCGAUUCAACAUUUCAAAUGAAAUUUUAAUUGAAUAAUCUACACAAAAAUCACAUUUUCACAUUGAUUACAUGAUGUACGUAUAAUGCAAAUUAUGAAAAAAUACGACAACGAAUGAAUAUACAUAUUACUUCUAUAAUAAUCAUUAAGCAUUAAUUUUUAAUCAAGUACAGAGCAGAAAAUUAAACAUGAAUGUACUUCAGGAUUUUUUUCCGAAUUUUUCUACAGGCAUCAAACAGGGGAAAAAAACAAAAAAUCCACGUGAACAAGAUUCUCGUCUUGAAAUUUAAAAAACAAGUGAUCUAAUUAAUAUUUCAGCACCAUUAAUUUCGAUAAAAUUUGCACUUCGAAAGAAAAUGUGAAAUUUUUUGUUUUUUACACUUGUGAUAAUUUUUAUACAAAUAUAUACUAGUAUCGCCAAAUUUAAAAUAAAAAAAAGUGAAGGAAUUCAAAAAAUAGAAUUUGACACUUGAAUUUUGAAAAGAAGACCGUUUUGGGAUGUCACUUAAAUUUUUGUGUGCAGACUACCAGACAAUGACAAACAUAUAAAUCAAUAAUUAUUACUUCACAUUACGUUUUUUAAAAAACUAAUACAUAAUUUUGAAAUUUAUUCGUCUCUUGAAAAAUGUUUGAAUCAGAGGAAGCUAACAAAAAAAUGAAAAACUGUUUUUUGAGGAGAAUUUUCGCCCGCUUAUGCAAUUAUCAUACAAAUACUAAGUUCAAGCGAAAAUUUUAGAACAAAUUCGUUCAUUUUUUGUGGAAUUUCCAACACCAUAUCCUUGAAUUUACGGAGCCACCACAUAAUCCAAGCGAAGAACGAUGUGGGUUCCUGCAGCAUCUGCGACGCCUCUUCUAGUGAUUUUUCCACAAAUAUGAUGGCGGUUUCCAAUGAUUCAAUCCAUUCCUUAGCACAGCGAUGUAAGCUUCUGAUGUUUUUCAGACUUUGGCGCAAAAAUUCCAAUAAAAUACGUUUCGCCUUUUCAUUACUAAUCGACGCGAAUUUCUGUUUGGAAAUUUUUAAAUCAUUUGCACGAUCUGCGACGGGAACACUUGCCAUUUUUUAAAUUGUACAAAUACGCGAAAUUUUCAAUCACUUUGUACAACGUUUCACAACCACGAAAGCAUUAUUCAUUGAACUAUGUAGUAAAGUACUCGACUGAUUUAAUUUAAUGUACCUAGACCUACCUUUGGUCUCACUAUAGAAGAAAAGUAAUCAAGAUAAUGUUAUCUUACACAAAUUACCCGAUGAUACGGGCAUAGUUGAGUUUCUGAUAUUUAUUCUUGGAAAUAAAAUUGUCGAUUCUGUCAUA